GACGAAAUGACCUGUCACAGCCACCCAAGCAUGGCGACAGCGUCGUCGACGGCCGCGUACUACACGUUUGCCGAGUUUCUCAACCCAAGCGAGCGCAGCACAUACUUGACACUGCCGCAUGCGACGCAGAUUCGUCGUUUCGAGGCAUACCUAGACUUCCUUCGGUCGAAACAAGUGCAGUUCCCGACUUCCAAGCGUGCUGCCACGUGCCGUGCAGAAACGGUGGAGGGAAGCGUCGUCAAUGACCGAAUGCAGUUGGCGCAGCUCGUGGCAGGUCAAACCCUGAGUGGUUUUGGCGUAUGCGGCACAACCGAGGGAUAUUUGCCUCAAUGCGACCUCAGCAUGGCGGCGGCGUGGCUUGCCGAUGCCAUUGGCCAUCGAUACGCAGUCGAGAACCCACGCGUCCUCAAUAGCCGCAGCUUCAUGUUUUGCUGGUGUCACGCAGAAAAGCAAAUGCUCACGCACCUCAGCCGCCACAUGCCACACAAAGACCGACCGUGGCAUGCGAUUCGAGUCGUCGUCGACCGAGACAUGUGUUCCGACUGCAUCGCGUUUGCCUCUGCUCUCGCCACGCACGAAAACGCGUCGAUUUGCAUUCGCGACCCCAGCUGCACGCGCGUGUUUCGACCGAAUGGCCACAUCGAGUCAUCGUGACGAGAACAAAACCCACCGCAUUCAACACGCAAACCAACUCGAUUCGAUCGACUAUAUGAUGCAUGGGGCAGCGAACAAUUUCCUGCCAAACGCAUACGACACACCAGCCUUUGCUCGUGAUGCGCCGUCGAGGGAGCGUUAGACCAAUGCCCACAUGUAGACGAAGCCAAGCUUGGAUAUUCAACGAAAUGC